CGCAAACAGACCAAUUCUCUUGCCUAGACGCACUACAGCGGUUCACAAGAAUCAAAACGAGAAAUAGUCCGACCGGCUAUUCAAAUUCCGAAAAAACUACCGCUCAAGCCCAUACCGCAGCAGUACACACUCCCUCCACCUAUACGGUCUACACUCAGUACCACCCACCACCAUCACCCACCAUGAAAGUCAUCACAGCCAAUUUCGUCACCUGCGCCGUCAAGGAAUGCAAGACCUCCGCCGCCUCCUUCCCUCUCCACUUCCACGACGCCGAGCUCGAACAACAGGAACUAGACUUCCAGCCUGAAUUCAUCCGCAACGUCCUCCCCCGCAUUGACUGGGAAAGUCUACGGGUUACUGCCAACGAGCUCGGAUUCCCCACUCUCCCAGAGACGAAACCGGAAGGCGACGCACUGAACGAGGAACAGACGCUGAAGGAUCUACACCGGCUAUUGCUGGAGACACAGGUUGUCGAGGGGAAACUGGUUUGUGGGAAUUGUGGACAUCAGUAUGUGAUUAAGGAGGGGAUUGCUAAUUUCUUGCUUCCGAGUCAUUUGGUCUGAGAGGAUAUGUUUGAUUUGAUCGGGCCGGUUCUUUCUAGAUUUUGAUUUAUACCUUUUCUAUACGCUAUUUUCAAUUAAAUACCCAUUCAGUGCCAUCGGUCAUACUCACAUC